AUGUUAUUAUUCAAUAAACAAAAUGAUUUUUAUUUAAUGCAAUUCAUACAUGAAACAUUUACAUUUCGUAUUGGUUUUGAUCCAAUAUUUGGUACAACAAUGUUUUCAUGUCAUGUUUUAAUAUUUAUUUUCGGUUUAUUUAUUUUGUUUGUUCGUUAUAAAAUGUCAUUCAGUAAUAUGGGUAAUCAAUUGAUCAGUGAAGUUGUUAACAUUCCAAACAAAGAUAAUUGUCUAAUUCUUAAACAUUGUGAUCCAAUAACAAUGAAAAAUUUAAAUAAAAUUAAACAUAUUGGUGAAUUGUUUAUGUAUUAUGGUCCGAUUAUCUAUGGAUCAGUAUUUUUAGCAUAUUUUCUGGCAUUUAUGUAUUUAUUGUAUGUAUUUCCACAAUCAAAUAUUCUAAUCAUAAUGAUUGAUUCAAUGUUUUUAACUAUUGAAACAAUAACCGUACGUGCAAUUAUAUCAUCAAGUAAUUGUAUAGCAUUUUUCUAUAUGAUUGAAUUAACAUAUUUUCAUUAUCGUUUUAAUUAUUGGAAUAAAUUAUUGAAUAGAAUUCAACAACGUCGUAAUAUCAAUUUUAUAUCAACAAAAUCAUGUAGAUUGUUAUUACAUUCAUUUCUGCAUAAUCAUAAUUCAAUGAUCAUAUGGAUAAUGGAUACAAAUAAACGUCUUAGUUUUCUGUUUGGUUAUUCAUCAUUAUUUUUAUUUCCAAUUCAUAUUAUAAUGUUAGAUCUAUUAUUAUUUCAUUAUUCACAAUUUUCAUUACCAAAUAUUGCUUUAAUUAUAAUUUAUGUUUUUAAUAUAACACUUUUGGUACCGAUUGUUGUUGGUUGGUUACCAAUACGUUUACAUUCAAAUAUAUUUCGAAUGCAUCAACAAUUAUAUUCAUUAUUAAUAACACCAUUGUGA